UGAAGUCAAAUGACCGACAACACCGUGCGGCAAGCGAAAACGAGAUGGGCGCGGCUUCGCUCUGCCAUUCGAAAGCACGUCGAGAACUCAACCACAGACCCACACCCUCCGUCGGCGAUGUCCAUGUUCUCGUUCUAUCCCGUGGCAUCAACGCUCCUCUCCGACCGGCCGCCAUUUCAUCGCGACUACGAGUGGCGGCGGUACCCGCUGCCUCGUCCACCGCACCACCUGUCGCUACACGCCCGCAAAGAGCAAUGCACCAUAUCUGUCCACGAACUUGCAGUGCAAUCAGUGGACAACACAGGAAAUAUCCGCACGUGGCCAUGCGAAGACCUGCUGUGGCGCGUUCUCAUCGACAAGUUUCCCGACACUGCACCUCCCAGGCGCGUCCUCGAGCUUGGCGCUGGCAUGUGUGGCGUCGCAGGCCUUGCGUUGGCAUGUCAAUUGCCCGCCACCUCAAUCUCCCACGUCGUCGUGACCGAUGGCAAUGCUUCGUGUGUGGAGAACCUUCGACUCAAUGUGGAAGCAAACAUUGCGCAGGGCCACCUCCGGGCGCACUCGGUGACCGCGGAACUCCUGGCGUGGAGUCGAGCCAUGCUGCCAGUAGCGGCGGACCCGUUCGACGUCGUGAUUGCAAGCGACUGCUUGUUCUUCGAAUCGUUUCACGUGGAUUUGGUGCACACAUUAUGCCAAGUCACUCGACCGCGUACGGGUGUUAUUUACCUCCUCCAGCCGUCCCGCGGUGGGUCACUGGAGCGAUUCGUGGCGCUGGCACAAGAGCACUUUACUGUGGUCGUGGACAUCGACUUUGACGCGGCUGUGAUGGCCCAACAUGCGCACUUCUUGCACGAUCCUCAGUACAUCCCGAGUUUGCACCAGCCCAUUCUCGUCACGUUAACCUGGCCAUCACCCUUGUAACACGAACUUUCCACACAAA